CUGAACAGAAAUGGGAAUACAUAGUAUGUUUCGCACGCUUGAGAUCUCAACGCAGACGGAUCUAACAGAUCAUACAGAACCUUAACGAUUUCAAAUCCUCUUCGUGCUGGGCACCUUUCGCAUAUGGAUACCUACUUGUUAUGCUUGUUGUCUCAAUCUCCGUCUACGCUGUCGACACAUUUACAGCCAUCAACCUCCUCGUCUUCGAUCGAUGGGCGGGUCAGAUCAAGCCAGUUAUUCCCUUGACCAUCUCUCGGUGGAUCUUCGCCGGGUGUAUCAUACUCUCAUUUGUGCUGCUUGCCUAUCGAUGGCUGCGCGCAAUCAGAGUGAUGAGACAGGGUGGAGUUGCUAAAAGUUAUCUUGACCCGCUGGCGGUGCGAGUACAAUCCAUACGAUGGGGACAGUCACGAGGAUGGAAGCGUUUCCUUGUCUUUGCCGAGUUGACGAAAAGUCGAAAAGGUGCCGAUUACGUUGCGUUGUUCGCCUACUUCUCCUUUGAGGCGUUCCUACGAAUCGUCUUGGCCGAAGGUCCACGACAAGGCGUUAACGCAGUUACCUUGUACUCGGUCUUGAGGCUAAAGCUGAUCCCUACGGGGGCAAACGCUCCGGAUGACGGCCACUCUGCGGUGGUGCAAUUCUUUGUGAAUGUUGGCAUCCUGGCCAGUUCCAAUCAUCUGCAGGCCGUCGUUCUUUUUGGCAUGCUAUGGACAUUUCUCAUCUGGGUGAUCUCGGUCCUCAGUCUUAUUGUCUCAAUCAUUCUGUACCUAGUGUUCCUAUGGCAUCACAUACCCAGUGACGCUGGUGGCUUGUCAGGUUAUUGCCGAACCAAGAUUAAUCGACGUAUGGAAAGGAUUGUUAGGGUCAAAGUCGACAAAGCUUUGAAGAGAGAAAACCAGCUUCGAGCUCGAGAAGAAGCAAAGGCUGCUCGGGAUGGACGAGACAUCAAAAAGCAACCUACGCUGCCUAACAUCAGCACCGACGAAAUCGAUCCAUUUGAUGGCCUCUCGAGACAGACCACGAUGACGACUCUUCCUGAAUACUCUUCCCGACCGAGUACGGGAAACAACAGCAACGACUCACUUCCUACAUUGCCAAACAUUUCAGCUCGUCCACCGAUGCCAACACGUACCCUAACUCACGAAUCAGCCGUGUCAUGGGACAGCUAUCAAUCAAAUGCUCCACUUUUAGGCUCGGCUGGUGAGAUGGGUGUCAGCUCUCAUCAAGCGCAACCAUAUGGUCCCGAAAAAGCUGGUCCGUGGUACGGCAAUCCUGUUGUCAACCGAAGCAUGACGGGAAGUGUCCAACCUGCUCCAAGACCAUUCAGUCCAGCUCUCCCUCGACCUGGAACUGCACAAAGUAUUCGCAAUGGGCCUGGAGGCUAUCAGAUGGACCCUUUGCCACGUCCUGGUACCAGUAUGUCAGUCAACUCGCGCUCCAGACAACCCUACGACAAUACCAGCGCCCCUCCGUAUCCUGAUGAUCGAAGCCGGACACCUGCUGCAGUCAAUCCCGCUUUCCCGAACAUUUCCGACGAGAGAGGUCGGAAUUCUCCACUACCAGGGCCACAAUUUCGAUCACAGACUCCAACUCGGGGUUCUCCAGAAAGACCAUUUACGCCAAAUGGUGUCGCGCAGCGGGCAAUGACACCAGUAGGUGGAAGGCGCCCACUCACUCCUAGCGGCGUCGCUCCUCUGCGAUCCAUGACACCCGCCUCAGUUCCAACGGUGUCCCGUUUACAAAAUUCAACGUCGGCCAACUACAUACCAUACACCGCAGAACCACGGUCAAUGUCACCUCAGUCUUCUCUACCACCGAGUGCCACAAGUCGUGGCGCCCACGAGUUACCACGAACUUAUACCCCUUUCAGUCGGGCAGGGCCUCCGGGCUACACCGCAAAUUAUUCAAGAGACAGAGCUCCACCACCGAGACAGGAUAGUGGCUUGGAUGAUAUUUUGGAUCACUAUUGAGCGAGUGAUCCUGCUAAUCCGUUUUCACUUUGCCUCAUGCCACGAACAAUGACCUACUAGCUAGACUGCGUACUGGAAUGUCACACCAUCUUGAUUGACCCUUCACAAAUUCGAGAAAUGUGAUUGUAGACUCUGGAGUGGCGUGAUGAUGCGU